CCCAGACAUCACCAAGGCUCCACCAUGGACUGUGAGUACGAGAUGGGCCACGUGCGCAAGCUGCAGGCCCAGCACAUGCAGAUGCAGGAAAAGACUUUCACCAACUGGAUCAACAACAUCUUCCAGCACGGCCAGGUGGGCAUCAGGAUCCAGAACCUUUAUGCAGAGCUGGCUGAUGGCGCCCACCUACUGCGGCUGCUGGAGCUCAUCUCAGGGGAGGCGCUGUCGCCCCCCAGCCAGGGCCGCCUGCGUGUCCACUUUCUGGAGAACAGCAGCCGAGCACUGGCCUUCCUCAGGUCCAAGGUGCCAAUACCCCUCAUCGGGCCAGAGAACAUCGUGGAUGGAGACCAGACGCACAUCCUGGGGCUCAUCUGGGUCAUUAUUCUGCGUUUCCAGAUUUCCCACAUCUCCUUGGACAGGGAGGAGUUUGGGGCCAGUGCAGCCCUGCUAUCGGCCAAGGAAGCUCUGCUGGUCUGGUGCCAGCGGAAGACAGCCCGCUAUAGCAACGUGAACAUCGUCAACUUCUCCCACAGCUGGAGCAAUGGGCUAGGCUUUAAUGCCCUCAUCCACGCCCACAGGCCAGACCUGUUGGACUACAGCUCCCUGCGUCCAGACCGGCCACUGCACAACCUCGCCUUUGCUUUCCACAUGGCUGAGCAGGAGCUGGGCAUUGCCCAGCUGCUGGACCCUGAGGAUGUGGCAGCCCCACAGGCAGACGAGCGCUCCAUCAUGACCUAUGUGUCCCUCUACUACCACUGCUUCUCCCGCCUGCACCAGGGCCAGACUAUCCAGAGGAGACUCACUAAGAUCCUGCUUCAGCUCCAGGAGACAGAGGCACUGCAGACCCAACAUGAGCAGCUGGUGACUGACCUGCUACACUGGAUUGCAGAGAAGCAGGUGCAGCUGGAAGCACAGGCUCUCCCAGACUCACUGCCGGCAGCGCGCCAGCUACUGGCAGCCUUUGCCUCCUUCCGCACCCAGGAGAAGCCACCUCGGCUACAACAGCAAGGGGCCACAGAGGCUCUGCUCUUCCAGCUGCAGACAGCACUCCGAGCUCAGAACCGCAGGCCCUUCCUGCCUCGCGAGGGCCUAGGCACAGGGGAGCUGUCCCAGCGCUGGGCAGAGCUGGAGCGGGCAGAGGCCACAUGGAGCCAGGCCCUGCAGCAGAGGCUAUUACAGCUGGAGAGGCUGGAAACCCUGGCUCGGCGCUUCCAGUGCAAGGCAGCCCUCCGGGAGAGCUUCCUAAAGGACACAGAGCAGGUGCUGGAGCAGUCCAGAGCCCUGCCAGCCAGCCCAGCCAUGAUGGAGGUGGCCAUCCAGAGGCUGGGCAUGCUGGAGGCUGGCAUCCUGCCCCAGGAGGGGCGCUUCCAGGCCCUGGCUGAGAUGGCAGACAUCCUCCAGCAGGAACAGUACCACAGCUGGGCAGAGGUGGCCUGCAGGCAGGAAGAGAUCACCUUGCGCUGGCAGAGGCUCCUUCAGCGCCUACAGGGACAGAGGAAGCAGGUGGCAGGUAUGCAAGCUGUGCUGAGCCUACUGCAGGAGGUGGAGGCUGCCUCCGACCAGCUCAAGGAGCUACAGGUGCUGGCCAGCUCCACUUCUUGUGGGCAGCAGCUGGCGGAGACAGUGGAGCUAUUGCAGAGGCAUGAACUGCUAGAGGCUCAAGUCUCAGCCCAUGGGGCCCAUGUGAGCCAUCUUGUCCAGCAGACGGUAGAGCUGGACUUCUCCCUGGGCACCAGUGUGGAGGUGCUGCAAGCCAAGGCCAGGGUUCUGGCCCAGCUGCACCAGAGCCUGGUGACUCUUGUCCGAGCCCGGCGGGUCCUGCUGGAGCAUACGCUGCAGCGGGCGGAGUUCCUGCACAGCUGUGAGGAGGAGGAAGCCUGGCUGAAGGAGCGCACGCGGCAGGUGGAGAAUGCGGUCCCGGGCCAGGAUCUCACCCAGAUGGCAAAUGCCCUGCAGAAACACAAGGCCCUGGAAGCUGAGCUCCAUCGCCACCAAGCCGUGUGCGCGGAACUCGUGCGGAGGGGGCGCGACCUCCGCCCUCGCGGGUCCCGGACGCAGCCGGAUCUCCGCGAACGCGCCGAGGCGGUGCAGGGCGAAUGGCAGCUGCUCCGGGCCCGGGCGGCGGGGCGGGGCGCGCAGCUGCAGACAGCCCUGCUGGUCCGGCAGUACUUGGCCGACGCUGCAGAAGCGACAUUGUGGCUGCAAGAGCAGCGGUACUCGAUGGAAAGCUCUUCCUGCGGGGAAGACCUGGCAGCAGCCGAGGCGCGGCGGCUGCGUCACGUGCGGCUGGAGCGCGCGGUGCGGGCCUUCGCCACCGAACUGCGGCGAUUGGACGAGCAGGCGCGGGUGGCCGCGGCCCGGGCGUCGCUCACGGUGAUGUCUCCCUUAAGCCCUCCAAGAGAAAGCCUCAGGAACCCAGGGUCCUGGAAUGAGGCUUCCUGGAAGAUGGCCCUCCCAGGGGAGCCUGACCCUGACCUUGACUCCAACACCAUACUCCAAACACAGGAGUGCUUGAGCCAGGACUACGAAGGCCUGCGGUCCCUGGCAGAGCUCCACAGGGCCCGACUGGAGGAGAAGGUGGCCUUGUUUGGCUUCUAUAGCUCCUGUGUGGAGCUACAGUCAUGGCUGGAGGAGCAGAUAGUGCUAUUCCAAACAUUACAGCCCCAGGCUGACAACCUAGAAGUCACGCAGUUCAAAUACAAGAACUUCCUCAGGGCCCUGGCCAUGGGAAAGGGCCACUGGGCUGAGGUCAGCAGCUCUGCUGAGCAACUGAAGCAGAGAUUUCCUGGAGACUCCACAAAAAUCCGACAGCAACAGGAAGAACUGCACAGGAGGUGGGGGCAGCUGAAGGCCCUAAAGAAGGAGAAGGCCGUGCAGCUGGCGCACAGCAUAGAAGCACGCAGUUGUCUGCAGGAGUGUGGGCCCACACGGGACCAGCUGCAGGGUAUGAUGCUCCAGCUGGACUCCCUGGAGUCAGGAAGCACGGAGGACACCCACCGCAGCCUGCAACUGGCCCAGCAGAAGAUCCUAGCACUGGAGAGGAGGGUCCACUACCUCCAAAGCAUGGCCGUAAAGGUCAAGGACUCAGGCCCCUCAGAGAGCCAGCCACUGCAGAAACAAGUGGAGACACUGCAGGGGCUGCUGGAGCAAGUACAGGGGCGAGCGGCCCAACAGGCCCGGGUCCAGGCUGAGGCUCGCGCCCAGCAACGCUUUCUACAAGAGAGCCAGCAGCUGCUGCUGUGGGCAAAGGGUGUCCAGGCUCAGCUGUACAGCAAGGAAGAGCUGGUGGAUGUGGCCUUGGCCCAGAGGCUGCUGGGGGCGCACCAAGACCUGCUGGAGGACAUCCAUCUGCAGCAGGAAAGAAUGCAUCAGCUGGAGGCUCAGAGCCAGCCCAUGGCAUCUAUGGACUCCUCAAACGCCCUAGAGGUGGCCAGUGCUCAGAGGCUCCUGGGCCAGCAAGGCCGGGAGCUGCAAGCCGCUUGGGAGCAGAGGCAGCAGUGGCUACAGGAGGGGCUGGAGCUGCUGAGGUUUGGCCGAGAAGUAGAUGCUUUCACUGCCACCUGUGCCAACCACGAGGUCUUCCUGUGCCUGGACAACCUCGGGGAGGAUGUGCAGAAGGCCCAGAGCCUGUUGCAGCAGCACCGGGAGUUUGGACAGCUCCUGGAUACCCUGGGCCCUCGAGCAGACAGUCUGUGGGCACAUGGCGAGAAGCUGCUUCAGAGCCAACACCCUGCUGCACACAAGAUCAGAGAACAGCUGCAGGGUGCCCAGGCGCAGUGGACCAGGCUGCAGGAGAAGAGUGGGCAGAGGGGGCAGCAGCUGCUGGAGUCCCUCCAGCUCCAGGAAUGGAAACGGGAUGUGGCAGAGCUGAUGCUGUGGCUGGAGGGGAAGGGGCUGAUGGCAGUGGAUGAGCCCUCUCACAUGGCUGGCAGCACUCUGCAGAAACUCAGGCGGCACAGAGUAGCUGAGAGCGAGCUGAUGGCCAGCCGUGGACAUAUGGAGCGCCUGCAGCAGGCUGGCAGAGAGCUGCUAAGCAGGAGGCCCCGUGGCUGGGAGGACAUACAGCCCCAGCUUUGGGGCCUGAGCAGCAAGUGGAAAGAGCUGACCUGCAGGAUGGCAGAGUGUGGAGACAAGCUCCAGCAGGCCGGACAGCAUGAGCAGCUCCUGAGGCAGCUGCAGGAUGCAAAGGAGAAGAUGGAGCAGCUCGAGGGCGCCCUGCAGAGCACAGACACAGGGCAGGACCUGCGCUCGAGCCAGAGGCUGCAGACACAGCACCGCCAACUGGAAAGCAGGAGCCAGGCACUGGCUGCCCAGCUGGCUACCCUCGUCUCCCAGGCCCGAGGUGUGGUCACUUCCCAGGCCAUCCUGGAGGAAACCCAGAAGUACCUCCGGAGGUCCGAGUCCCUGCAGGAACAUCUGGCCACCUGGUGCCUGCAGCUGCAAGCCUCGGUUGAGCUGUACCAGUUCUGCCACCUCAGCACCAUGGAGCUUAAAUGGGUGACUGAGCACAUGCCCUGUGGCCCCACUCACUAUGUCAAGUUCUUGGGUGACACCAAGAGCCUCCACAACAAGCACAAGGGGCUCCAGGCCGAGGUGAGAGCUCACCAGGGCCAGGUACGGCGGGUGGUGGGUUCUGGCCGAAGCCUGGCAGCCUCCGGGCACCCCCAAGCCCAGCACAUCAUGGAACAAUGCUGCAAGCUGGAGGGCCGCUGGGCAGAGCUGGAGCAGGCGUGUGAGGCACAGGCCCGGUGCCUGCAGCAGGCUGCCACCUGCCAGCAGUACUUUCUGGAUGUCUCAGAGCUGGAGGGUUGGAUGGAGGAGAAGUGGCAGCUCGUCAGCAGUCAGGACUAUGGCAGAGAUGAGGCAUCCACCUUCAAGCUCAUUAAGAAGCACCAGGCCCUGCAGCAGGAACUAGGUCUCUAUCAGAGCUCCGUGGAGGAGCUUGACCAGAGGGCCCAAACCCUCGCUGGCCCUGAAGCCCCAGAGCAGCUGGGUGUGGCGCAGCAGAGGAUCCAGGAGAGGCUGCGGGCACUGCAGGAGCUGGCAGCCAAACGGGACCAGGAGCUGAAGGGGACCCUGAAGCUGCAUGAAUUCAUGAGGGAGGCUGAGGACCUGCAGAGGUGGCUGGCCAGCCAAAAGCAAGCAGUCAAAGGAGCAGAGAGUCUUGGGGAUGACCACGGGCACAUCCUGCAACUCUACACCAAGUUUGUGAAGUUUCAGCACCAGGUGGAGAUGGGCAGCCACCGGGUGGCAACCUGCAGACAGCUGGCAGAGAUCCUGCAGGAAUGUGGGCACAGUGCUGCCCUCAAGGCCCAUCAGAGGCAACAGGAUCUGCAGGCUGCCUGGUUGGAGUUGUGGGAGCUGACCCAGGCCCGAGGCCGCCUGCUCCAAGAUGCUGAGACAACUCUCAGAGUUCACAGAGAUCUGUUGGAAGUCCUCACCCAGGUCCAGGAGAAAGCCACAAGCCUCCCCAAUGAUGUGGCCCAGGACCUACGUGGGGUGGAGGCCCAGCUGAGGAGACAUGAGGUGCUGGAGCAUGACCUGGCAGUCACUGAGCAUCAGCUGCAGGAGCUGCUGGAGACUGCAGACAAGGUGCAGAAGCUGCAUGGGGGGCCUCAGGCCCAGGCCGUGCAGCAGAGGCAGCAAGCUGUGAUGCAGGCCUGGGCGGCCCUGCAGCGGCGCAUGAAGCAGCACAGGGCCCAGCUGGAGCGCUCGCGCCUCCUGGCCCACUUCCGCGCCGCGGUGCAGGACUAUGCCUCCUGGACAACCCAUGUGCAACAGCAGCUGCAGGUGGAGAGCUCCCAGGAGCCCCAGCGGGCAGAGCUGGAGGCCCAGGACAAGCUGCAGCAGCGGGCUGCCCAGCUGGGCCAGCAGGCACUUCUGGCUGCAGGAACACCUGCCAAGGAAAUCCAGGAAGGGCUGCAGGCCCUGCAGGAGCAGCGGGCCCAGGUGUUCCAGGCCUGGGAGCAGAAGCAAGAGAGGCUGCGGACCAAGCAGCAGGAGGAGCGCUUCCUCAGAGAGUGCGGCCACCUGCAUGAGAUCCUCACAGCACAGGAGGUGUCCCUGAAAACCAGUGGCCUGGGGAGUUCAGUGGAGGAGGUAGAGCAGUUGAUCCACAAGCAUGAGGUCUUCCAGAAAGUGCUGACUGCCCAGGAGAAGAAGGAGGUGAUUCUCCGUGAGCAGCUGAAGUCACUGCAGGGGCCCAGGCUGCAGAACUCACUUCACACCGUGCUGGAGCACCGGGCUCGAGUGAAGGACCUGGCAGAGAGGCGGGGCCAUGCCUUGCAUACCUCCCUGCUGGUAGCCAGCUUCACCAGGGCCGCCACGCAGGCUGAGGAAUGGAUCCAGGAGUGGGUCCAGCAGCUGAAUGAGCCAAUUCCUUCUGGGGACCUGAGAGAGAAGUUGAAGCACCUGCUGAGACACCAGGCCUUUGAGGCCGAGGUCCAGGCCCAUGAGGAGGUCAUAAUCUCUGUUGCCAAGAAGGGCGAGGCGCUCCUGGCACAGAGCCACCCUCAGGUAGGAGAGGUCACCCAGAGGCUGCAGAAGCUGCAGAAGCACUGGGAGAAGUUGAGGCAGGCAGUGGCCCUCCGGGGCCAGAACCUUGAGGACAAGCGGAACUUCUUGGAGUUUCUGCAAAGAGUGGAUCUCGCAGAGGCCUGGAUCCAGGAGAAGGAGGUGGUGCUGCGUGUUGGUGACACGGGCCAGGACCUUGAGCACUGCCUGCAGCUCUUCAGGAAGCUCCUCAAGCUCCAAGGAGCCUCGGCAAGGGACAUGGCGUAUGAUGCCUACAUCAGGAGCAUCAAUGACCUGUCACUGCAGCUCAAGAACCAGGACCCUGAGGAAGUCAAGACUAUCUUCCAGCGGCAAAGCCAGCUCAACAGCAGGCCAGUCCCAGACUGGGGAGAGCUGUGGGGCCAGGGUUACGGGGAGGGCCACCUCAAACACCAUGUUACACGCCACCCCUUGGCCAGGUGGGUGAGUUUCCAUGGCAACCUGCUCCGGUACCAGCAGCAGCUGGAAGAGGCUCUGGAGAUACAUACGUUGUCCCGAGAGCUAGACGGGGUCACAGAGCAGAUCAGGGAGAAGGGUGCCUUGACCCAGGCCCUGGACUGUGGGGAGGACCUAGAGAGCGUGCAGAGGCUGUUGCGGAGGCAUGAGUUGCUGGAGCAGGAGCUGGGCCCCACCAAGGCCCAGGUGGAGUCCCUGGAGCGUGAGGUAGGCCACCUCUGCCAGAGGAGCCCCGGGGCAGCCCACAGCCUCAGUCACAAGCAACAGGAGAUGAUGGACAGCUGGUGGCAGCUCCAGAGCAGGAUGCAGAAGUGGAGGGAGUCGCUGGAUGCCUCGUACCAAGCUCAGAAACUCCAGGCAACACUGCAGGAAUUGCGGCUCUGGGCCCACAGGCUGCAGGCUGAGCUGGAUGCACGCGGCACUCCCUGCAGCCCUGCGGAAGCACAGCACAUGUUAGAGGAGCACCAGGAGCACAAGGCCGAGCUGGACUCCUGGACAGACAGUGUCAGCCUGGCCCAAAGCACUGGGCAGCGCCUGCUGGCAGCUGGCGGCCUGCCCACACCUGACAUUCGCCAGGCCCUGGCUGGUCUAGAACAGGAGCAGAACAGCCUGCAGGGGGCCUGGCAGGAGCAUCAGCGGCAGCUGCAGCAGGCCCUGGAGCUACAGCUGUUUCUGAACUCUGUGGAGGAGAUGGAACGUUGGCUAUGCAGCAAGGAAGCCUCCCUGGCCAGCAAGGGUCUGGGGGACCCCUCGGCCAAUGUGGAGACCCUCCUUUGGAAGCACAAGAUGCUUGAGCGGGACCUGGAGGCACAGAUGGAACAGAUAAGCAUGCUGGAGGCCAAAGCCCACAGUUUGCACCAGGGUGGGCACCCUGAGGCCCAGCAUGCCAUGGGCAGGUUCCAGGCCAUGCUCCUCAGGAAAGAGGCGCUCCUGGGGCAGGCCAGCACCCAUCACCGCCAGCUAGAGGAGCUGCAGCAGCUGCAGAAUUUCCUGCGGGAUGCCACUGAGGUGGCCACGUGGCUGAGGGAGAAGAACCGGGUGGCCUUGGAAGAGGGUUGGCAGGACCCAGCCAAGCUGCAGGUGCAGUUGUGGAAGCAGCAGAGUUUCCAGGUGGAGCUGGAUGCGAGCGUGCACCAGCAACAGGAGCUUCAGAUGGAGGGGCAGAGGCUGCUACAGUGGGGCCACCCGGCUUCAGAGACCAUCCAGGAGUGGCUGCAGGAGCUGAGAGAGAUCUGGGGUGAGCUGCAGGCCAAUUGCCAGAGGAAGGCAGCCAAGCUUCAGGAGGCCUGCAAGGCACUGCAUCUGCAGCGGGGCUUAGAGGAAAUAGAGAGCUGGCUGGAGCCUGUGGAGGUCGAGCUGAGAGUCCCUGUCAGAGGCCAGGCUCUCACUGAGGUGGACGAGCUCCUGGAAGCGCAGGGGGAGCUGGAAGCAGCAGUGGACAGGCAGGCCAGGCAGGCACAGGCCUUGGUACAGGAAGGCCACUGCCUCACCCAAGACUCAGAUGAGCAGGCCCGGCAGCUGCAGCAGAGGUUCGUGAGCUUGCAGGAGCUGCUGCAGGAGCGUAGGACAGCCCUGGAGGCCCAGAGCCUCCUGUUGCAGUUCUUCAGGGAUGCAGAUGAGGAGAUGACCUGGGUGCAGGAGAAGCUGCCCCUGGCCACUUCCCAAGACUGUGGCCAGAGCCUGAGUGCUGUCCAGCAGCUGCAGAAGAAGCACCAGAACUUGGAGAGUGAGAUGAGCAGCCACGAGGCUCUGAUCCAGGCGGUGGUGGGCACAGGGCACAAGUUGGUGCGGGCUGGACACUUUGCCACCCGAGAAGUGGCUGCUCGGGUGCAGCAGCUGGAGAAAGCCAUGGAGCACCUGCAGGUGGCGGCAGCAUGGAGGAGGCUGCAGCUGCAACAGGCUCAGGAGGCCCAGCAGUGUCUCCUGGAGCUCCUAGAGGCAAGAUCCUGGCUGGCUGAACGGGGCUCUGUCCUGGACAGUGAGGACAUGGGCCACACUGCUGAGGCUACACGGGCCCUUCUGCGGCGGCUGGAGGCUACCAAGAGAGACCUGGAGGGGUUCAAGCUGCGGAUCGAGCAGCUGCAACAGACGGCAACACUCCUAGAGAGCAAGCAGAACCCAGAAAGCCCGGAGGUGCUAGCCCAGCUGCAGGCGGUGAGAGAGGCCCACAGGGAGCUCCUGCAGGGUGCGAAAGACAGGGGGCGAGGCCUGCAGGAGCAGCUGCAGCUUCACCAGCUGCAGCGGGAGAGCCUGCUCCUGGACGCCUGGCUGACCACCAGCGUAGCCACCGCAGAGUCCCAAGACUACGGGCAGGACCUGGAGGGUGUCAAGGUGCUGGAAGAAAAGUUUGAUGCUUUCAGAAAGGAAGCCCAGAGCCUCGGGCAGGCCAAAGUGCAGGCCCUGAGGGAGCUGGCGGGCACCCUGGAACGGGAAGCACCCAGGUGCUGUCCCCAUAUUCAAGCCCAAAGGAGCCACAUUGAGGCCACCUGGGAGAGGCUAGGCAAGGCAAUAAAGGCCCGUGCAGAGAAUCUGGCCGCAGCCCACCAGAUCCACAGCUUUCAGCAGGCGGUGGCAGAGCUCCAGGGCUGGGUGCAGGAGAAAAUGGCCCUAAUGGAGGGGGAUGACCGAGGCCAUAGCCUGUCAUCUGUACAGAACCUGCAGCAACAACACAGGCGUCUAGAGAGGGAACUGGUAGUUAUGGCAAAAGAAGUGGCACAGGUGCAGAUGGAGGCCUGCCGCCUGGGCCAGCAACAGCCUAUGGCUCAGGGGGGCCUGGCAGAGCAGCUGGCCAAGGUGGAGGGGGCCUGGGCCAUCCUGGAGGUGAAGGCCCAGGAGCGGGGCCAGCAGCUGGCACAGGCCAUGCAGGGCCAUGCCUUCCUUGGGCGCUGUCGGGAGUUGCUAGCAUGGGCUCAGGAGAAGCAGGUGCUGGCAUCUUCUGAGGAGGUGGCAGGGGCUGGGCAGCUUCUGGGGCAGCAUGAAGAGCUGGGGCGAGCAAUCACGGAGCACUGCCUUCAAGCCCAAGACGUGCUACGGGAAGGGCAUCAGCUGGUGGACAGCGGCCACUUCAUGUCCCAAGAGGUGACAGAGUGUCUACAGGAGCUGGAAGGGCAGCUACAGGAGUUAGAGAAGGCCUGGGCUCUGUGCCAGCAACACCGCCAGGAGAGUCAGAGCCUGCAGACGCUGUGGCGGGGGCUGGCGCAGGCUGAGGCCUGGUUGGCCUCCCAAGAAACCAUCGUCCUGGAGCCCAGCUGCGGGACCUCAGUGAUGGAUGUGGAGUUGCUGCUCUGCAGACACCAGGACUUAGAGAAGCUGCUGGCUGCCCAGGAAGAGAAGUUUGCCCAACUACAGAAGACAGAGGGUGCAAAGGGUGUCCCCAUGAUGGAGGAAUCUUUGGAGCUUAAGCAGCAGCUCCUGUCAGUGGGAAGGCAGUUAACUCUAGCCUGCUUCACUGCCUUGUCCCCACAGCCCCACUUGAGCUCCUGGGACAGCUAUCAUGGCAUCUUGAGGGGCGGCUCCCUGAGCUUGUGCUUAGAUGAGAGGAUGGCAGCAGAGGUACCAGGCAGUGUGGGAGUGUGGGAGUGUACAGAUGCAGACUUCAGGGGGGCUGGAGACAAGGCAAAGGGGCAUGGGACAGAAAGGCCCCUAGUGAGGAAAGAGACUGCCUCCGGCAGACUUGGCCUCCCGGCAUGGCUGAGGGAGGAGGCAGGGUUCUCUAAAGAGGACGUGGAGAGUUUGACCCAUGGCUGUCUGGGUGCCAGGCUGAGCAGCAGGGCAGAGAUCCCAUCUGAAGAGCAGGCUGAAAGCUGGCAGCGAGCCGUGAGCAGCGUGGCAGCCCAGAAUCUGAGCCCAGAAUUCAAAGCCAGUCCUGUUGACUUUCCCCCUGAGGGUGCUGCUGAGAAGGUGCAAAGCACGGCUGCCCUGCUCAGGGAUCAGUCCACACGCCCUACACUGGGGGAGACCCUGAAAAUGAUGGGCCCUGCAGAUGGAGCUGCACAAGGCUCCCAGCGCCUUUCCUGUUCUGGCCAGCCCUGUGGUAAGGGGCAUCCAGGUUUCCUCUGCACACUGCUGGAAGGCUUGCCUGGAUUUGUCUGCCCAGGCCCAUGCCUCAAUUCUCAGCCUCCUGUCUCCUCUUCCCUCUCCGAGACCAAUUGAUGCGUUUGCAAGGCAGCCAGACCCGUACUCCACCCCUGUGCAUACACUUCUCUGUCUCCUCUUGCUUUCCC